GAUUACCCCGCCAUGACACCGGCACAUGAUGCCCUGCAACAUCACCAAAACAGUGCAAACACACAUUUUGAACAUGGCCCAGGCCCCGAAGAUGGCAAAAAUGGCGAAACCACACAUUCUCAUCAGAUUGGCACCGACGACUUGGCACUAGAAAAUGCAAUCGGUGAUGCUUUCAAGCAAUUUGCCAUGUUUGGUGAAGAAAACAACCACGACUCUUCCGAACAUCAUCAAAUCAACUCUCAGAAUUCUGCUGCAAAUGUCGAUGGCUCCUCUCCUUUAAACAGUGAACCUAAGGAGCAUUCUGGUGAAAAUGUAGCUAUUCUGGACAUGGACCUAGACAAUGUUGUUGACACCCUAUUCACGUCCCUCUCAAAAGAAGACGUUUCCGGCAGCCCGGAAAAGACUCUCACGACUGACUGUGUAAAUGCAGACAGCGAAAAUCGAACAAGUAAGGAUUCACACUCUUAUGAAAUGAAUGCUGGCACAAACCUUGGAAAAGAACAAGAUCCACAACAACUACACCGGGCGCAAUGUCAGGAUCUGAAAAGCAAUUUGGAAUGUCGCAACCUUGCAAUGGGAAAUGAAAUCCCUGCAAGAACCUCCCAAUCCGACUCUGUAUUUGAAAAGAAGACAUCACAUGUUUCCAAACCCACAAAUGGUCCCUCUGAUCAUCACGAGUCACAAGCUCCUGACUCCACGCAUGCCUCUAUCGCACUGCCAGAGUCUGAGAGUGAUGUGAAAUAUUCUGCUAGCUCUCGUGGCCAGAAGUCUGGAAAAAGUCACACUAGUACGCCGGCUCAUGAUCUCAAAGAAGAAUUGUCUGCAAACCAAGUCUCAAAUUUGGACAGUGAAAGUGCAGUAAUCCAAGCUGGCCCAGCGUCAAACAAUGGCGACGGCGAGAAUUUGGAAAGCGCCAUAGGCGACGCCUUCAAGAAUCUUGUUCCAGACAUGUCUCCCGACGUGCAAACUUCUCCUAGAAUUACACCGGAUUCUUCCCAACCAGAAAGCGAACACAAUGAAGGAGAAGAUUUUGAUGACACAAAUCUCGAGGAUGCAAUUGGGGCAGCGUUCCAGUCUUUGGCGCAUGAUCUCGGAGAACACAAGAAGAGCACUUCUAAUCAGGACCCUAAUCUAAGCCCACUGAACUCUGAGAGCUGGGAGUACUCUGGCUCGCCUCAAAGGGUCCAUCAGCCAACUUCUGGCAACGUAGAACAUGAACUGAACCACCGACACGUGGAAAUAGACCUAGGCGAUAUUGUUCAAAGCGUCGUCCUGCAAAUUGGAAAUUCGGACCAUUCCACAGACCCAAUGCAACUGCAUCUGCAUCUGUCGUCGAUAUCCAAGGACAUCUUGGAAAGUUUGGCCUCUGAAAUCAGCAAUCAGGUCCAUACACCGGAGCCUUCCCAUCCGACUGGCCUCCAUGAAGACAACGCAUCAUCCCACACGCAAACGCUCCCACAUGCUGACUCUAAUCUCGAACAGCCUGAAGAUUUGGAUGCGGCGUUGAAAGCUGCUGUCGCAAACGCAGUCAAAAGUGCGUUCCCUGGUGGAAACACUUUGCUGACAAGUGUUGCGAAUCUUGCAUCCGAGAAGGAGCCGGAUUUAGAGCAAUCGCAAAUGAGCGAGAUUCUUCAAAAUGCCUUCAAUAUGGCAAUGCAAAAUCCGCAGGAUCUUCUUACAUCUUUGGACGCAGCCGAAGAAUUAGAGGCUGAGAUCUCAAAGACAAAUGGUGAACCUCUCACCCAACUGGUUACCUCGGAUGUAACCACUACAACUUUAUCAGACAGAAAGGUUUAUGGCAAAAAAGAGGAACCCCGCCUUGUAGCUCAUCUUCAAAAAGAACAAGCGGCUCUGACGGCUCAAAAGCCUCUUUCAAUUGCGCAAACUUUGGCGCUACACCGGUCAAAUAUGAGCACCUCCCAACGAGACUAUUCCACCAUUGAGUCCCUAGAAGACUCCAUUGGGCCAAGCCAACGGGCAGCUUUCCAGCCCUCCUCUCAAAACCAUCCCCAAUUAUCGACAAUCCUCUCCUCGUUGUCCCAGCAUAUUCAAUCAGGAACUCAUUCUUCAAAUUUGAUGCAGGUCAUCAGGCAAAUGACGAAUGCUUUGAUGCUCAAUAAGACGUUUCCUGCAAGUUACAACAAGGCGGCUCUUGAAGCAAUAAAGCUCAUAAAGAAUUCUCCUGACAAAACGUAUUAUAUCACUCGAUUACAGGAAGCAAAUCGGUUUGUCCUCAGCAUGUCUGGCGAUGAUAACCGACGCAAGGCACUGGCUUUACUCGUUAAUAUCUUGAUAUCAGUUGAUCCACGAAAAGAUAAGUCUGCGAAAGAAGAUUCACAUGAAUCAUCUUCCAGUGAGCCAAUUCCCAAAAAGUUGGGGGAAGAUGUAGCUCUGUUUUAUGGUGCCACGCUGUCUAUCCUCUCUGAAUUGGACAUACAGCGCCUUCGCAUGGUCAUGAAUGGUGUGAAACCAGAACUAGACUCAAAUGAGCAAAAGAGUCGUGUCAGAGAAGGCAAUCGAGAGAGGAAAAAAAAGUGGCGUGAAGAAAACGCCGAGAGAAACAAAGACAAUGACUUAAGAUGCCGGGUGCUCAAAAGAGCUGCACUCAAAUUUGGUGAAGGUUCUUCGGACGAUAAACUGGAAUGGAUUGAAAAGGAAUAUUUGCGGAGAAGAACACGUCGCAUUAACCGGCAGAAAAAGGACGAAGUCAAAGCCGAAAGUCCACCGCCAUCCGACGAAUCUUCGUCUCACCAUCCGGUUCUCGUCAAAAGAAUCUCUGAAACUUUUAAUUUAGUAACGGAGUGCGGCCAUGAUGAGGAUCCAAGUGGCGUAUUCAUGGCAGUUUCAUCUACAGUUGCCGUUGUUGCCUCAGCAUGUGCCGAAGAGCUAAAUAUCACGGAUUCGCUGGCGAUCUUUGAUCUGAUCUCCCUGACUUUAAGCUCUAUUUUUGACCAAGCCAUGAGAUCUGGAGCGUCUAGAAAGUUUUUAUUUCUUAUAAAGCGCGAGGACAAUCAGUUAACACCAACAGGUGCACCUGAAAUGACGCAAGAAGAACUAUUUCAGAAGGUUUCCAAUUUGAAAAACUUCAACUCCUCUUCUGUUUCGACCCUUGAUGCCUUGCGUGAGUCACAAAAGCGUUUAGGUAUUGAUUUCCUGAGUUCACUUGACAAGAGACGUAAAACAAGCAAUGAAACUGAUGUGAAAGACACCGGAGGCCAAAUUUCCGAAAGCGAAAGAGACAUUUUUACCUCAUCUUCCUCGGUCAACUCAUGGAGAACCACUAGCGGUUUGAAGAUGCCACUGUACAAAACGCCCGGAAAUGUCACCGACCCGGAGCUAUUCAAAGUGGAUAACUCAAGAAGAGAAUACGUCGAGCCCAUUCCAAAAAUUACCUCGCCGUUUAUUUCAAACAAGGUUGGUGUUGAAGCGUCCAGCCAUCAACCAAGCAGUCUCAAGAAGGGCGGUGGCCUCCAAAGGCCUGGGUUUUCUAAACCCGCCAAUAGGCCAAACAACAUUGGGUUUCCUACUCUCUACUCGACGUCCUUUAGACUGAAUUAAGGUCGAUUUU